UGAAUUGUCAUCAUUAUAUAUCUUUCUUUCUUCCAGAUCGCAGGUCGAUUGGUUUAAGGGAAGGUACCGAAGGAAAAGAUGGGCUACGAGAGACGGAUACUGCGGACGUUAUUGUCGAUCUUAAUAGUACUAGCAUCAUUCGUCACAGUCUAUGGAGAAAGAGAUAGCAACUUUAUGCAACAGAAGCAAUUCAGGAAUAUAGUACCGUCACCGCUUAUCCAAAAAUGGCGGGAAAAUCGAAUGGGUCCCGCGGAGGAGAAGACUAGCAACGAACAGUGGAGGGACGAGCUCCUUAGUAACCUUAGAAACGUGCUUAGAAAACACAACGCAUCACCAUCAUCACGAAGCAGAGACAGAAGCGACAUCACAGGCUACGGCCUCCAAGAACCUAUGCAGCAGCUUCCUGCAGACGUAACGGCAGAUCAGUUGUUCAUACUAGAGGGCGCUGUUAACUCACCCAGGGAAAACUACGAGGAGGAAACGCCCAUUGACGAGGAUAAGAGAAACGGAUUUUUCUUCGGUAAACGUAACGGAUUUUUCUUCGGGAAGAGAUCGGAUAGCGAUGCCUCAUCAACCAAGAUGGACGAUGACAGACUACCCAAAUACGAAUCAUCAGGAUCAUUUGAUAAGGUGGGAGCUUAGACCAUGCGGUCCAGGCCGGCAGGGACGAUGCGUAAUGGUGGGUACAUGUUGUAGUCCCCUAUUCGGCUGCUACCUAUUCACACCCGAAGCCGCAGCGUGUAUGACAGAAGAUGUGUCCCCGUGUCAACUCAAUGCGCCUUCCUGUGGCCUUGCAGGAAAGUGUGUAGCCGAUGGGAUUUGCUGUUCUGCCGCAGAGGGCGCCUGCCACCUUGACCCGACCUGUACGUCGAUGUCAUUAAAUUAAUUUUGGACGCAUUGGUGUAUUUUUCAAAUCAAUAUCAUGGUGUACAGUUUUUUCUGACCCUGUAAUUUCCUCUAGCUCCGAAAAUAAUCUUCUUACUCGACCGUUCCAUUUACCUUUUUCUUUGGUCGAAUUCAUUAGGAACGUGCGCUUACAAAAUGUUGUGUAAUUGUACUAUCAACUCCUGGUUGUUAUGAGCAUUUAUUCGCUAUUGAGAUUGUUGUAUUUCCGUACUCAAACUUGAAUCCAACGCGCUGAUAAGUAUGAUUGUACAGCUUAUACAACAACAAAAUUAUUGUCUGAGUCAGUACUGAUUUUAUCAUUGUAUCUAAGUGUGUCACGUAACUAUGACCGUCAAUGUGCAUUUUUAGGUACUGGUGUGUUUUUGAUCAUGGCUGUAUUAAUUUUUGUGUCGAGUCUGAGAUCAUAUCUGAAAAGAAAAUCCCAGCUGCCAUUCAAUUUGACAGAAAAAAGGGUCAUAUAAAGAGUUAGUAUUCUUCGCUAAUUGCACUGUCAGGAGGGAAAUUAGGAUAACCUUCCAUCUGUUAUUUGUAGUGAGAAAGUUAAUCUGAUUUUAAAAAACUUCAAUAGGCAAACUUGAAGGCGGUAAAAAAAAAACCGAUGUAGCAUUCAAUGUCAAUGGGAUCAUUUUGAAUUUCCACGAACAGACAAAACUAUAUAUGUCACUUUUAUAUUCAAAAUUCUCUUUAUCAUGUUAACACAAAUUUGCCAGUUAUGAAACGGUUAUACGAAACCAAAAAAAUGAGAUAUAUUGAAAUAUUAUCUCGAAUGUACAGUUUAAACGUGUACGGCUUCAUGCGAACUGAUAUCAGACUAUGACUAUAAACUUUCCACUUGAAAAAAUAAGAAAGUCGUGAAAUGUCAAUCUUAUUGUUUUAUGCUAUGAAUUAUUAUAUUUUAAUCUGUGUAUGUUGCGUGUAAAUAUUGAAAUUUCUGUCAUUCGUGGAAGCAGUCAUGAAGAAGAAAAAAUAAAUCGUAGUUUUUCAAAGAAAAUAAAUGAUUAGCCUAACAAAAUGUAAUCAGUAUUUCUUAACUUGCCUCUCAGCUGGGAGAAUAAGAACGAAGAUGAAAAUAUUAUUUCGAUAGUACAUUACAUUAUGUGUUCUUAAAACGAUAUUUUACUCAUAUUUGUUUUCUUUCUUUAUCAUAUUGUCAUCAAUAUGAUUGUUGUAAGAUAUUCAAAUGAAAUUUCAACAAGGAAAAGAAAUAUAAGUGACUCUCAAAAUAAUAAUUAGGCUCUUUGUCAUUCAAAGUUUGUAUCGAUACUGCGAAAUGCAUGAUACAUAGAAAUCUAUUUAUUAUCAUUAUCAUUAUUAUAAGAAUAAUUAUUUUUCUCUUCAUGUUAAUGCGAAUGUCUUUUUGUAUUGAUUCGCUUUAUUUUGUGAAAUACUUGCAAUACACUGUUAUGAACUUAAUCUUAUUAUCACGUGUAUGUGUGUUUUUUGUCAGAUUUCAUCAUAAAGUAUUCACGCAUACAAAAAAAAAAGCUGAAUUAGAAAGAAAAUACACUAUCAAAGAGAGAAUACAAUGACUCGCGUUUAUUUUCUGUAAAUGAAAUCGGAUAGAUGAUUAAGUGUUGUACUGUACUGAACUAUGAUAACGAUAAUGAUCAAAAUAAUUAGCGUGGUUUCUUUUGAUUUUGCUCUGUUUAACAAACUUUCCUCCGUAGAAGAGAAUUUAUCUGAAUCAUGAUAUCAUCCUCGACAUAAACCUAUUAAAAGGUGCUGAAAGAUGGCACAGUCACUUCUUUA